AUGUCACAGCCGACCUUGAAUUCAAGUUUCAGCGGCAUCAACUUCGUUGGUAUGAAUCGUGGUUCGCGUUUAUCUUAUACUAGUUUGAGGGCACCCUCAGGCGACAACAGUAUAAACGAGGAGGAGAGACUUUCAACGCCUAAUGUUCAUCGACUUGGUGGUAGCGCCGGUGAGAAUAUAUCCACGGCUGAUAAUGGCUCGAGAUUCUCACAACCUGAUGUCAGACGUUUUGCCUUACGGCAGGAUGUACCGGCUAAACGUGAAAGACUCUCUCAGCCUACUCUUCUAUCAGGCGAUUAUUAUCCAAUUCGUGGACAACAGAGAUUAUCUCAACCAUGUUUGUCUACCGUUAGGGACUCUGGUAUACCAACGAUGAUACUCCAAUCACCAUCACCACCUCCCAUGAAGCACAAAAGAUUUUCACCAAUUUCUGCAGCCACUCAUAGAGAACGUCUAUCACAAUUGGAUAUUGGCGGGAAGUACAGAAAUUGGAAGGAUGUCUCUAAUUCUACAGUGAAAUUUAAUCGUGAUAGAUUCUCGAUACCCGAAUUGGAAACUCAGAAUGAUCUGAAAUUGAUGGCUGGUACGCCUAAACAAAGAUUCAGUCUUGACAGUCAAUUGACACGUAAUCAGGAUAGUGGAAGAUCGAGAUUAUUACCAAUAGCUAGUUCUCCAAUCUCUGAACAUCAACAGAGCAAAUUCGAUGAGAUUACCGGUACUGUAAAUCCCGGAUCUAAUAAACUGAAGACUCCUACGCGUGAAUGUUUAGAAAGUAUUAUCGUCGCUAGCACAACACCUAUUUUGCCACCGGGAGAUCGAAAAUUAUUCGAAUCUACGAUAGCACUUAGAUCUAUCUCACCGACGGCCAUUUCAUCUAUAGCACCUGGAACAAAAUCAACAUCUACGUCGAUAACUACAACCUCAACAAUGGCUAUGAUCAAAGGUAUAUCAACAACUGUCUUACCACCUAGAGAAAGAAUGUCUGUACCAGAGAUCAGAAACUCAAGUUUACGUCGUUUGUUGGAUCCACCGACUAGACAAAGACACAGCAUUACUGGUAAUCUUAGACAAUGUCUACUUUCACCUAGUAAAGUCCAUGAUAUCACGAGGAAACCAUACAAAUUUUCUAUCGACGAAGCUUUGGAAAAAUUAAAGAAAGAAAAAGAAAAAGAGAAGGAUAAAGAUAAAGACAAAAAUAAGGAAGAAGUUAAAGAAAAAGAGAAAGAAAAUAUCAUGGCCAAUGAGCCCGAUCUCGAUAUAAUUCAACCCCCAAAACACAUUCAACGCCAUUAUUCUUAUACCUAUGACAUCAAUGACGAAGGUAGUUCAAUUGGUAAGAUCUCAGUUAGUAGUAUACCUAAGAAGAAAUUUUUAGAGAGUAACUUUGAUGAGAAUGAACAAGUGAUUACAACUGUAAUAGAAACUGAUGUACCAGUUAUAUUAGGUACACCGAAAUAUUUCAAAAGAAUGCAAGCUUACUCAAGUGAGACACCUAAAUGGAUCAGAAAGUAUUUAGACAGUAGCGACGGUCCUAAAUUUGGUAAGAAAAGUACAACGGGCACUGGUAAUAAAGAGACCUCGAAAUCUAGCAGAAAAGGUAGCAGAAGAAAAAGUUCUUUGGAAUCGAUCGAGGCUGAAAAAAAACCAGAGAAUAAGACUCGAUCAAAAUCGGUAAGUAGCGGCGAAAGAAGUCCAAUGAUGAAGAGCACCGGUAUCAGUCAAGAAUUCAUGAACAAUAUUAAAAACACUUACGUUAGGAUCGUGCCAACCAGUAAUAUGCAAGAGAACAGAUAUGAAAUAGCCGUAGGAUCGAGUUGGACUCAAGGUAAUGACAAUCAUGGAUCGUAUGGUGUUGUUGAUGGUGAUGAUACCGAUUCGGAUGAUUCUACCUCUAUUUAAAUGCCAAAGAUAUAGUUAUUUUUCCAAAUGACCGCCAAUUAACAUCGGAAUGACUUGAGAGAAUCUCACCAUUGUAUCGCUUAUAUCUCACAACUAUGCUAUAUGCAUACAUAUAUAUAUAUAUAUAUAUAUA